AUGACACCCAUACUUGCAUUCGCCGCGUUGAUGCUGGCUAGUGCGACCUCUGCUUUCCCCUUUGGCUUCCCAGACUGUGUCAAUGGACCUCUUUCGAACAACACAGUAUGCGAUACUACCGCCGAUCCUCUUAAUCGGGCCACUGCCUUAAUCAGUCUCUUCACGACGGAAGAGAAGCUUAACAAUACCGGCAGUGUUAGUCCUGGGGUGGCUCGUCUCGGUCUACCACCGUAUCAAUGGUGGCAGGAAGCGUUGCAUGGAGUUGCCUUGUCCCCCGGCGUUAAUUUUAGCACCUCUGGCAACUACUCGUAUGCGACGUCUUUUCCACAGCCCAUCCUUUUGGGUGCGACUUUCGAUGAUGCUCUAGUCAACUCCGUUGCAACGAUUAUUUCCAUCGAGGCUCGUGCCUUUAACAACGAUGGCAGAGCCGGCUUGGACUUUUGGACUCCCAACAUCAAUCCUUUCAAAGAUCCCCGUUGGGGCCGCGGCCAAGAAACUCCUGGAGAAGACCCAUUCCAUCUGUCGUCUUAUGUGCGCGCAUUGAUCGAUGGAUUGCAAGGGGGCUAUGCUCCGAAGUACAAGCGUAUCGUGGCAACUUGCAAGCACUGGGCCGGGUAUGACUUGGAAACGUGGAAUGGUAAUUUCAGAUACCAGUGGGACGCUCCUAUCUCUACCCAGGAUUUGGUCGAGUAUUACGCGCCUCCUUUCCAGACUUGCGCACGUGACUCCAACGUUGGCGCUUUCAUGUGCUCGUAUAAUGCGGUCAACGGCAGACCCACCUGUGCCGAUCCAUACCUCCUGCAAACCAUUUUGCGUGAGCACUGGGAUUGGACAAAUGAGCAGCAGUGGGUCGUAAGCGAUUGCGAUUCUAUCCAGAACAUUUACCUACCACAUGGGUACGCUGCAACGCGUCCGCAAGCCGUUGCCGACGCUCUGAACGCAGGUACAGACCUGAACUGCGGAACUUAUUACCAAACCUAUCUGCCGGCCGCGCUGGAGCAAGGGCUUAUCAACAUCACAACAUUGGACCGAGCGCUGAUUCGGCAGUACUCUUCGCUGAUCCGCCUUGGCUACUUUGAUCCGCCUGAUGUGCAGCCAUACCGUGCGCUCAACUUCGGCGAUGUCAACACGCCGCAAGCUCAACAACUCGCUUAUCGAGCCGCCGUCGAGGGCAUUGCUUUGCUUAAGAAUGACGGGACGCUACCGCUUUCUAUAACACCCGAGACUUCCAUUGCGAUGAUCGGGGAUUGGGCCAAUGCAACGACACAGAUGCUAGGCAACUACCAUGGCAUCCCUCCUUACCUGCACAGUCCGCUCUGGGCCGCACAGCAGCUCAACGUCACAGUAAACUACGCUGCAGGUGACAGUUCCCCGGGGAAUCCAACCACCAACAACAACUUGCAUGUUUACGCCGCCGUAAAUAAGUCCGACAUCAUUAUCUUCGCCAGCGGCAUUGACAACUCCGUUGAGGCUGAAGACAGGGACCGCCAUAGCAUUGCAUGGACUGGCAACCAGCUGGACCUGAUUGGGCAGCUUGCAGCCUACGGCAAGCCAAUGAUCGUCCUGCAGAUGGGUGGUGGACAGUUGGAUUCCAGCCCAAUUGCCAACAACCCUAACGUUAGCGCGCUGCUAUGGGGCGGUUACCCAGGCCAAGACGGUGGCCUCGCAAUUAUGGACAUCCUAACCGGCAAAAAAGCGCCAGCAGGCCGUCUACCCCAGACGCAGUAUCCAGCAGACUACAAUGCCCAGGUCCCAAUGACAAACAUGUCCCUUCGUCCAGGCCUUAACAACCCCGGCCGGACCUACAAGUGGUACACCGGCAAGCCAAUCUUCGAUUUCGGCUAUGGACUGCACUAUACCAAUUUCAGCGCCUCGAUCAACCCUCUCGAAGCCACAACCUUCAACAUCUCCAGCCUCGUCACAGGUUGCAACGAGAGGUACAUGGACCGCUGUCCCUUCCACUCCCUUUCCGUAAAUGUGACGAACACCGGCGAAACCACGACUUCCGAUUACUCGGCCCUCGGUUUCCUCACCGGCUCCUUCGGCCCAAGGCCAUACCCCAAGAAAUCCCUCGUCGCGUAUCAGCGUCUAUUUGACAUCUCCCCGGGCGCUACGGCCACGGCAGUGCUUAACCUUACGCUUGGCAGCCUGAGUAGGGUUGACGAGAUGGGCAAUCGCAUACUCUACCCUGGAGACUAUGCCAUGAUGAUCGAUACGCAGCCGCUUGCAAUGCUGAACUUCACAUUGGUUGGAGAACCAGCGAUGUUAGAUCAGUGGCCGCAGCCGCCGCCGAGGGUGCCGCAAAAUAAUACGGGGAAUUAUUUCGUUGGCGGGUUCGAUGGCACGGGACAGUCCGUGGUUUAUUCGUAG